CCUACUUCAUACUUGAGCUCAUUUGACAACCUUCCCCAAUUCUACCAUCUGAGUUAUAUAUACACUACCAAAAAGCCAAGAUUCCGCACUUCACAACUCUAAAAAUGGGUACCGGAGAAUACGAGUACCCGAAAUCAAGUUUUGAGCAACAACCACCUCACAAAGUUGCCAUCCCACCACCACAACCAUUUAUAAAAUCUCUGAAGAACACUUUGAAAGAAACAUUCUUCCCUGAUGAUCCCCUUAGACAAUUCAAAAACCAGCCACCCUCACGUAGAUUAGUACUUGGAGUUCAAUACUUUUUCCCCAUUUUCGACUGGAUGACUCGUUACAAUUUGAGUUUCUUUAAGUCGGAUGUCAUUGCUGGUAUCACCAUUGCAAGUUUAGCAAUUCCUCAAGGAAUUAGCUAUGCUAAGCUGGCUAAUCUACCCCCAAUUCUCGGCUUGUAUUCGAGCUUCAUCCCGCCAUUAGUGUAUGCCAUGAUGGGUAGCUCCAGGGAUCUAGCGGUGGGGACAGUGGCCGUGGCGUCCCUCCUAAUCGGUUCCAUGUUGGGAGCAGUGGUGAAUGCCAAUGAAGAACCAAAGUUAUAUCUUCAAUUAGCUUUCACAGCUACAUUUUUCGCCGGUGUUCUUCAAGCUUCAUUGGGAUUCCUAAGGCUAGGGUUUAUCGUCGAUUUCUUGUCACACGCAACGAUAGUAGGCUUUAUGGGUGGCGCGGCGACUGUUGUUUGUUUGCAACAGUUGAAAGGAAUACUGGGUCUAGUACAUUUCACCCACGGAACUGAUCUUAUUUCGGUUAUGCGAUCUGUCUUGUCUCAAACCCACGAGUGGAGAUGGGAGAGUGCAGUUUUGGGCAUUGGCUUCCUUUUCUAUCUCUUGGUUGCUAGAUAUGUUAGCACGAAACGACCAAAGCUCUUUUGGAUAUCAGCUAUGGCUCCAUUGACAUCGGUCAUCUUAGGAAGCAUUCUUGUUUAUCUAACCCACGCCGAGAAACAUGGCGUUCAAGUGAUUGGAGAAUUGAAGAAAGGACUAAACCCAAUUACAAUAAUGGACUUGUCGUUUGGAUCCCAGUAUCUAUCUACAGCAAUCAAAACUGGCAUUGUCACGGGUGUCAUUGCCCUCGCUGAAGGAAUUGCUGUGGGAAGAAGCUUUGCCAUGUUCAAGAAUUACAACAUUGAUGGUAACAAAGAGAUGAUUGCUUUUGGCAUGAUGAACAUUGCUGGUUCUUGUACUUCUUGCUACCUCACUACUGGUCCAUUUUCGCGUUCGGCUGUGAACUUCAACGCCGGAUGCAAAACUGCGGUGUCAAACAUUGUGAUGGCGCUUGCGGUUAUGGUCACAUUGCUAUUCUUAACGCCGUUGUUUCAUUAUACUCCACUGGUCGUGUUGUCUUCCAUUAUCAUUUCUGCGAUGCUUGGGCUUAUUAACUACGAAGAAGCGAUUCACCUAUGGCAUCUCGACAAGUUUGAUUUUGUUGUAUGUAUGAGUGCAUACUUCGGGGUGGUCUUUGGGAGUGUUGAAAUCGGAUUAGUCAUUGCGGUUGCAUUGUCUUUGCUUAGGGUACUCCUUUUCGUUGCAAGGCCAAGAACGUCCGCGGUGGGUCAAAUACCCGAUUCCACAAUUUAUAGAAGCAUGGAUCAAUACCAAAAUGCCAAAACUGUUCCAGGAAUCUUGAUACUUCAAAUAGAUGCACCUGUUUAUUUUGCGAAUGCUGGCUACUUAAGAGAAAGAAUUUCUAGAUGGGUUGAUGAAGAGGAAGACAGAUUAAAGUCUACAGGGGAAAAAAGUUUGCAAUAUGUAAUUCUUGCAUUAAGUGCUGUUGGAAAUAUUGACACGAGUGGGAUUACAAUGCUUGGAGAAGUUAAAAAACUCAUGGAAAGAAGAGGACUAAAGUUGGUUUUGGCAAAUCCGGGAGGGGAGGUGAUAAAGAAGAUGAACAAAGGGAAGCUAAUAGAGGUGAUCGGGCAAGAAUGGAUAUAUCUAACCGUGGGAGAGGCCGUCGGAGCGUGCAAUUACAUGCUUCAUACUUACAAGAAGGAUGAUAAGCCAACAUCAAAUGAAGCAUCAUCCGGAAAAGAGAAAUGGAAUGACAAUAAUGUCUAAUUCGAUGUCGUUAUUUUGAUUUGAUAUUAUUUGUCGAUCAAAAGGUGUAUUCGUAAUGAUAAAUAAUGUGUAUAUUGAGUUUAGUUCCCGUUUUGUUAUAUCUUAAUGUUAACUUCGACAA